AUGAAAGGAGGAAAGAGUGGUUUCGGCCACUGGAACUUCAUGAAAGGAAAAGGGAAAUCAGGAAAAGGAAUGAAAGGAAACUUCAAAGGAUCAGGAAAAGGAAAAGGAGGAAAGGAAGGAUAUGGAAAGAAAGGAACUUCGGGUUCAGGAAAGACGGGAGCAAUCACAUGUUGGACGUGCGGCCAAAUUGGCCACACUUCGAGAGAGUGUCCGCAUCAGUAUCGUGUUUCCGCGGUAGAUGAGACUUCAGGUGAUUGGAAUGCAGAUUGGACAGGAGAGUAUGACGCAGGGCAUGACUUCGGUGAUGCCUGGGAUGCCUCAUGGGAUGAUGCUUCGUGGAUCGGUGCAAUUGAUGACUUCACAUGGCAGGUUGAUGCAUGGGAUGAUGGAUCGUGGUGGACUUCUGCUUGGAAUGAGGAUCCUUGGGCUUACGACCCGACUUCCUUCUCUCAAGCCUCCCAACCAGCCACCUCAAGCGAAACUUCAAACCAAGCGCCGGUACCACCAGCAGCGACGCAGACUUCAGCAACUUCGGCUGACAAGGUUUCGGCUGUUACCUUCGGUGAGCCUCCAGGCCUUUCACUUCCCGACAAAACUUCGAAAGCCAAAGCCUCACCCAAGCCGAAAGCCUCAACAGCCUCAGGACUUCUGCUUGCUGCGGCUGAGAGCACGGUGUCAGCGUUCAAGCCUGUGUACUACCACGCUGAUCGUUGGCACUUCGAUCCCGCAAGAAACGUUCUUGUGCGGUAUCACAAGCGCCCUCGCAAAAAUCUGUUUGUGCCAAGCGGCACUUCAGAUAGACCAGUGGCGCUGAACAAGCUUGCUCAAGAGCGGAAAACCUUCGUGGUUGAUGCUCAAGGAAAUGAGAAGGAGCUUACGGACAACUGGGUCACUUCAGAUGAGCCCACGCGAGCGCUGGAUCACUUCUGGAAAGGAAGAACGGAGUUUAAACUUACAACUCCUCCGAACCAGCGCCCGCCGACGAGACUUCUUCAGAAGAGGUCACUUCUCACUCCGCCGGCCCACGAGGAUCCGAAAGCUUCUCCUCCAGUUGAGCAAGCGCGCACUUCUCGCGCCCCUGUUGCGACAGAGUCUUUCAGACCAGAAACUUCGCUGUAUCCGAAGAGGUCUGAUCUUCAGAAGAGCCUUCGUGAAGCUUCGGAUGGAAAUGAGGCAAGUGUGAGACGCUUUGUGGCAUCUCAACUUCAAGAGCCAGAUCCAAGCACAGGCCUUCCGUAUGAACAUGACUUCUGGUUGGACACACCGUUGAUGUGGAUUCGCUUCCACUUCGUUCCGCGUAGCACGUUGUUUGUUCCCAACGAGGAGGAACUUCAAGGUGGCCCUGAUGUCACCCAGCUUGGUCGUGAGCGCAUGACUUGCUUGUGCACUUCGGAAGGUGACCAGUGGCGCGAAGAUAAUUGGGACUUCGAAAGCGAAGCCUCCAAGAGAGAGGUUGGCUUCACUUUCACAGGAGCUACGUGUUUCGCCAAGCCGGAGGAAGAGGUCGUUGAGCCACUUCCCGUUCCGGUUGCUGGUGAGGACACCGACGCCAGAGUGCCCAAGAGACUUCCUGCGGAGGAUCAAGUGAGCAAGGAGCUUCUUGACUCGUUGAAAGCGACUCCUUGGGACCCGCGUGGUCGCCAAGAGGAGAGUGCUCACUUCGUUCUUCCAGCCCAGUCUGAAGCUUCGCCUGCCGCAGCGCCUGCAGUCUCAGACCCGCAGGGAGCGCAGGACGCGGCCGGCUCCAGUGCCGACGGCACUUCUGGAAGCAAGCGCAGCGCAGAGGCACCUCCAGAGGAUGCGCCUUCGCAACUUCGGGCCAGGCUGGAACAGUCGCAGGGAGAGAAGCGCGAGAUCUCCGCGGAGGUCCCGGCCAGUGCGACCAAACUUCAGCGAAUCUCUGCGGUGCUUGAGGAUCGCCUGGUUGACACUUCUUGCGUUGCUUCUGUGACCACGCGUGACGGUCUUGAAGUUCCUGUCGAGGUUAACGUUGACCGUGCUGAAGAACUUCAGGCCUUGCGUGCAAGUGAUGCUGUGCAGAAAGAUGUUUCACUUCAAUUCGUUUGCUUUAAAGGACUUCAUGGCCGCCGCCGCUCCUUUGGGCUGCGACUUCGUGCCUCACUUCGUUGCCGCCAUGGCUUCUGCUUGGGUUUCUUACUUCUGGCUGGGUUCUUGGCAACUUCGCUUUGGUAUUCGUUUCUGCAUGGAUGGUUUGCGAACUUCACACCGGAUUGUGCCCACUUCGGUUGGGACAUGGAAUUUUUCACUUCAUACCGGAUUGUGCCCACUUCUGUUGGGACGUGGUUUUGGUACAGACUUCUUUGCGAUCGACGUCUUCAGUGGUUUGUGUGCUUCUACUUCGGGAAGAUGGCGCCCAAACUUCAGGUUCCGGUGCCAAAGGCAGUGGCCCUCGGACUUCCUCCGGCAGCUUUGCCAGGACCUUCGACUUCGGAGGAGGCCGAGAUGACGCGGGACUUCCGCAACUUCGUGGAGGAGCAUCAGUUCUAUACUCCAGACCCGAACUUCGCAAGAGAUGAGCUUCCUCCGCGACUUCCCACGCGAGCACUUCCUCAGAACACGUGGCUGGAGUUGCGCUACGCCUCGGGUAACUUCGAGACGGUCUGCGGACUUCACCCGGCGCACUUCCAGCAACUUCACAGGGCCGUGGAUGUACUUCGGGUACACUUCUACGGCAAGGAAGCGGCUCGACUUCUCGGGCAUGGCCGAGAUCACCUCGGCUGGAGCCACUUCGCUGGGAUGAGCUACUUCGCCGUGGACAAUGUGUGCUUCACGCACUUCAAGCAUGUCCCUGACUUCUUGGAGUCACUUCGCCAGGGCCGCCAGAUCAGCAAACUUCUGUUGCCUGGGACUUCAGACUUCAGGCUGGUCUACGCGCUACUUCGACUUCAACCUGGCGUGGACAACCCGGUGGUGACGGCACUUCAGUCCGCGGCGCUGUUUCCGGAGCUCUUCGCCCGGAGCACUUCUUAUGUGGCCAACGAGACGGACUUCUGCGUCAACUUCAAGGCAAGCUAUAUCGGCCCGAACUUCGUUGAUGUACUUCCCGAGCCUUCGAUCCGGUUGUGGUUUUGCACUUCCUUGAACUUCAUCCUCACGCGCAUGUCACGAGAUGGAGAUGGCGAACUUCACCUGACUUCGGAUAUGCAGCCAUUCUCCCCGGAUAUGUUGAACUUCGCAUUUUCUCCGAGGUCAGCGGUGUGGCUUGCGUGCUUCGGACUUCAGCUUCUGUUGGAGACUUCCCCAACCGAAGCCAACCGAGUGCUUCAAGGAGGCAUCGGACUUCUGUCCUUCAGGAUGACCUCGAGCGAGAUCUUGAACUUCGUGGAAGGUAACCGCUUCCGCUUCUGGAAUCGGCGGUACAUCGACUACUUCAUCAACGUGCCCGGCGAGCACUUCGUGCUGCGACCUCACCUCCGCACUUCCUUGGCGGUGAUUCGUCUUCCGGGCAACUUCCAACAGUUCUUUGACUUCGCCUGGUCGAAGACUUCGCAUGGCUUCAACCGCUACAUGCACAUCCCGAUGAGGACUUCGGACUUCGCCCGGUUCGAGAACACUUCUGAGGCGGAUUCGUGGGUGAGUCGUGAGCUUGCCGUGCAACUUCUGAGGGCACGCUACUGA